GUCAAGCUAGGGCUGACGUCCCUUACGGUAGUGACGUAAUGCAGGCGGAAGGACGGCAGGCGUGGUUCGCGUUAUACGCCCGUGCGGCGCAGGCGCACGCACGUGAGUCCGGUGCUUUGGGAAGUGUUGACGGCCGACGGAGUCGCGGCGGUGAAUCCAUCGGUCACGUGGUCUCCGCAGGGCUCUUCUGCACAGGAUUUUCAAGAUGGCUGUAGCCCCUCAGGCACCAAAGAGGGGAUCUAUCCGGAAGACUAGACCUCUGGUUGUAAAGACCUCACUCAACAACCCAUAUGUUAUUUCCUGGAGCACCUUGGAGAGAGAGGACAUAUGCUUUAUAUUACAGACAGUUGAGGACAAGUUUAAGUCAAUUGGACUUCAGAAAAUUGAAGAUAAGAAAAGGAAAAGAACACCUCUUGUAAAAAAGCAAAGAUGCAGCUCAGAUGUUGAAAUUAGUGAGGCUCCAAAAGAGACGGAGCCCGAAGGGGAUCUGAAGGUGUCAGGGUGGACACCUGCACACGUCAGAAAACAGCUGGCCAUUGGCGUUAAUGAAGUCACCAGAGCCCUGGAGAGGAACGAACUGCUCCUGGUUCUAGUGUGUAAGUCGGCUAAGCCUGCCAUGAUCACCUCACACAUGAUCCAGCUGAGUUUAAGCAGAACUGUUCCUGCCUGUCAGGUUCCUCAGCUCAGCCAGAGACUUGCUCCUGCCAUUGGCUUAAAAUGUGUGCUGGCCUUGGGCUUCAGAAAGGACACCGUGGACUUUGCUGAUGAAGUAAAAGCCAUCAUUCCUAGGGUGCCCGGCUUAAAUGUGCCAUGGCUUCAACACAGAACCCAAGAUCCCAAAGACAGUUUAGAGACUGAAUCUUUGGAAAGCCACGACAGAGAGAUUUUGGACACUUCCUUUGAUGACCUUACAAAACUUAGUAAGAGGAAGGCUGCUGAGGGUAGGCAGGCUUCAGCUGCAGCAUUACAACCCCUUAAAAUAAAGAAACUCAUCCCCAACCCUAGUAAGAUAAGGAAACCGCCCAAAAGUAAAAAAUGCAUUUCAAAGUAGUUUUUAUAUGAACUUGUCAGUUCAAGGAAGGGUAUGGUCUAAAU